AUGGUGGAGGAGGGGAAUUUGGGGGUGGAGGGGAUGGGGAAGGCGGUGGCGGGCUGCUGUAGUAAGGGUUUGGCGUUGGCGGUGGUGGUGGGGAGAAGAGUGGAGGCGGCGGCGGCGGUGGUGAAUUUGGUGGUGGAGGUGGUGGGGGACGGGUACAUGGAGGUAAUGGGGAUGGGGAAGGCGGCGGUGGCGAUGGUGGCGGCGGCGAUGGAGAUGGUGGCGGCGGAGACGGUGGUGGAGGUGAAGGAGGAGGAGGUGGUGGAGAGUAAACCGGCGGCGGUGGAGAGUAAACCGGUGGUGGCGGUGACGGCGGUGGUGGUGAUGGAGGAGGAGGCGGUGGAGAGUAAACCGGUGGUGGCGGCGACGGCGGUGGAGGAGAGUAGACUGGCGGUGGAGGCGAGUAUACUGGCGGAGGAGGCGAGUAGACUGGUGGUGGCGGCGGUGGAGGAGAGUAAACCGGAGGUGGAGGCGAAUACACAGGCGGUGGUGACGGGAGAACAACAGGUGGCGGAGGAGGCGACGGAGGCGGCAGAGGAGGAACAAAAGGAGCACAUCUAA